CACAAGCAAGGCUGUCUGAUGGUAGCAGUGUGACCACUGCACUGAUUUCUACCCUCUGGUUGUUCCAGACAGCGAUCUGAUGAUCAGUACAAUCACCUGAAACUUACUGGAAGGACCAAUUUUUUCAUCUUUUGCAAUGAGAUGAAAAUUCCAUACAGCUGAAAUCAAGUGUUAUUUAAAUUGUUCUAUCGUAUCAGGAUAAAACCCAUGCUAUCAUUCAUCUUGCUGAACUGUCAUUAAACUAUUAAAAUCAGCUAUAUCAGGAGAAGCUGAACAGAGCAGAAGACCAUCCAGCAAAAAACUUGAAAAGUUGACAUCCUGGAACCAAAGAACAACAGACCUUGAUUACAUUGUUUCCUCGUUUAAAGUUUGAUAACAUGGUGAGGAGCAUUGUCUUGGCUUUGGCAAUAGUUUUAGGUCAUCUUUUUCAGCUCCCUCCACCCACAGUCGCCUACGGCUUCAAAAACUGCAUUGAGAACCCUUUUAACCGUUAUUCCUUCAACUGCUUGCAUCGCCAGCAAAGGAACAUUUCUGCACUUGUUGCUGACCUCCCUGACUGGGCCACUUCACUCAACAUCUCCCAUAAUCAAGUCAGCCACAUACCCCCGGGAUCAUUCUCCCACCUCCAGCAACUGAAGACCCUGAAGCUAGACUGGAACUAUCUGCAGAAUGUGAGUAAUUAUGCCUUCCUUAAUCUGGGACAGUUGGAGUCCUUGAAUCUCUCCACCAACAAAAUUAAAACACUUGAGCCCUUGGCAUUUAGUGGCCUGGAAAAUCUGACCGAGCUCAUACUGAGCAGCAAUGCACUGUGGGACUUUCCUCCACAAGUUUUUUCAAACCUUACAAAUCUGAACUUCCUAAACUUUCAGAUCAACCGCUUGAGCAAUUUCUCAAGGAUCAUGGAAUCUGUGACCCACCUGCACAAGUUAAUGAAGCUAGACCUCUGCAAUAACCAGCUAACAUCCCUUCACCAUUCCUCAAGCCUGCCUCCAUCCCUUGCAAUCCUUUAUCUCUGUUCGAACCGUCUCGCCACUUUAGCGUGUAAGGACACAUUUCUGAGCAGCGUCCAUUUGUUGGACCUUUCCUACAACGGGCAGCUGAAAUCAAAUUCUCUGAGAGGCCUGGAUAUGAGGAAUAUUUCAUAUAUGCGCUUGCGGUUUACCCAAGUCUCAGCCACUGACCUCUUCAGUUUCAGCAAUGUGAACCCUGGUCAUGUGGACUUCUCAGGCAUGGGUCUGCAGAACAGCUCCAAGGUGAUGGAACUGUGCAAGCUGCUAAAGAGCAAAAAAUGCAACAUGCACCGCCUGAUCCUCCAGGACAACAAUAUCAGCAAUUUGAAGGAUGCAACCUUCUCAAACUGUCCUCUAAUUAUGGAAACCUUCGACCUUUCCCACAAUAGACUGAAGAGUGCAGGCUGCCUACGCUUCUUGAAAGGACAAAAUCACUUAGUGAAAAUCAUCUUGGAACACAACGUCCUGAGUCACCUUGAAUCCUGCCGCAGUCAGCAAAGCAUGUCUUUUCCUAACCUGGCCACACUAAGCUACCGCUACAACCGUAUUCUCGAUGUAAAAUCCUUCGCUUUCAGUCACACUCCAAACCUAACAACUCUCAACCUAAAUAUAAACAGCAUUGCCUACCUAGACCGCAAGGCAUUAAAGGGACUAAGACGUCUCACCACGCUUCGCCUAGACAACAAUCUCCUGACGGAUAUCUACAAGGAGAGCUUUUCAGAUUUGCAUAGGCUGCGCACGCUCAACCUGCGUGAAAACCGCAUUGCUGUCAUUUUUAAUGAAACAUUCCAUGCCCUCGGCUGCCUUCAAAUUCUGGAUUUGGGUGGGAACAAAAUUUCUAAGUUCCAGCAAAACGCCUUUGCAGGGCUUCACAGCCUAGCCAACCUCUACCUUGAUGGCAACCACCUCAAACAAAUUGACGGCUGGCAUUUUGAAAGGCUGCGGGCUACACUGAGAGUACUGGACUUGCAGGGGAACAGGAUCCGCUACCUAUAUAACUACUCUGACUCCCCUUUUGUGAACCUGAGUCAUCUGCAAGACCUGAAGCUAGAUGGACAAAUGCCAUAUGGGAUUACCCUACUGCCAAAUGGGUUUUUCAGAGGCCUUAAGUCACUUAGGUCUCUGCGUCUUGGAAACAAUAGGAUCUACUACCUCCAGCCUGAUAUUUUUGAUGAUUUAACCAGCUUGGAGUUCCUCUCCCUGGACAACUCCUGUGAUGGAGUGACGCAGCUCCAGCCAGGAAUCUUCAAAAACCAGCGCAAACUGCGUCGGCUGAAUGCAGAGAACAUGGGAAUACAGUCUUUAACGGCAGACGUGUUUGGUAACCUCACCCAGCUGCAAGUGCUUAUGCUCACCCAUAAUGCCAUGCAGACCGUGGAUCAGACUCUCCUGGAGAACCUUACCAGCCUGCGCUAUCUCGACCUGCGCCACAUUCCCAUCAGCUGUACCUGUCCCAACAGCUGGUUUCAGAACUGGACCAACAACAACCCUAAGGUCCAGUUAGUGUACCACUACAGCCUUAUGUGCCCCGACCAUCCUGGGGCUUACUUCUACAACUUUGACACUAAAGUUUGUUACUUGGACGUGGGCGGCUACCUCUUUGCCUUCACCAGCAACUUGAUUUUCCUGCUGUCCGUACUUCCAUUGCUCUAUGCCAAGCUCUACUGGAACCUUAAGUACAGCUACUAUGUGUUCCGCUCCUGGUUCGGAGAGCGCUGGCGGCGACUUCGUGAGGAGGAGGAGCAGUGCAAGUACGACGCUUUCAUCUCCUACAACUCCGCGGACGAAAAAUGGGUGCUGGAGCAGCUGCUGCCGAACCUAGAGGGGGGAGGAUCCCCGUUCCGGCUCUGUCUCCACCACCGCGACUUCGAACUGGGGCGGGACAUUGUGGACAACAUCGUGGCGGCGGUGUACGGGAGCCGCAAAACGGUGUGCGUGGUCAGCCAGCGCUACCUCCGCAGCGAGUGGUGCUCCCUGGAGAUCCAGCUGGCCAGCUACCGGCUCUUUCAUGAGCUCCGGGACGUGCUACUCCUGGUCUUCCUGGAGCCCAUCCCUGACAGGCAGCUGUCGGCCUAUCACCGCAUGCGGAAGGUCAUGCUCAACAAGACCUACCUGCAGUGGCCGGGAGCUGACUGCUCCGACCCCACCCAAGCGCAGGAGCUGUUCUGGACCAAGCUGCGGAGGGCGCUAAGGAGCAGCAACAUCAGUCACAGCGAGGAGGUGGAGGAGGAAAAGGCAGAGAGGGAGGAGAGCGAGCCUUUUGUUGAUCAGAUAGCGCUGGACGAUGAGACAUGUUACUUAAAGCCUUAAUAAUGAGACUUAGAGCAAGCUAAUCAUAAUACUGCAAUCUCAUG